UCACAUUAGCUAAGGUAGCUCUUGAAUCCCCCCCACUUUAAAUACGCAGCCCUGUAAAAAGAUGUAGCUACUUCUAUAAUGGCCCUUGGUUGGGUAAGUUUGUUUCUUUUAGCAGGUUUACAAGUAAAGACAACACAGUCGUUGGCCGUGUCCAAAAAAUGUGCGAUGGAUACCAAUACUUUCCUGUCGGAAAUGAACCAGGACAAGCCCCAAGAAUACGCAGUACUCAUGUAUGAUGCUUUUGGGAAACAGGGUAGCAAUGUUGAAGGCGGUAAUGCCAACCGGCCUGGUCUGCUGCAGCAGUGUCGCUCUGCCCACAGUCCUUCCUUCAGUGGACAGUACUGCCAAGUGUUCCUCAAGCAAGGAAAAAUCCAGUACUUUGUGGGCAUCUGUGUCCCAGACUCUUGUGAUGAAGAGGAGGUGCAAACAAUGGUGCUCUACGAUACAUUUAAAAUUGGACACACCUCACUCAUCGCGCCAUUACCCUCGAUUCUGGUUAAUGAAUCCACUCAGGAGAUGUUUAUGACUCACUGCUUGUCAGAUACUGUUAGCCCCAAUGCAUCGGAUAUCACCUGCAUGUUAGUAUGUUUCACGAUGCUGGCUUUGCCACUCGUCGCUACCCUGAUCUCAGCAGCAAUGAGGUGGCAACGUAAUCAAGAUGUGAAGCCAACAACAGAGUCCCCCUGUUUAAACGCUGGCCUCAACCAGUACGGCACGCUAAAGACGAACGGUUCAAUGGGUGGUGAAGCAAAUGGUGGUAUGACAGAGGCAACAAACAUCAACAGAAAUGGAUCUUGGUAUUUUCCCAAAAGCUGCAUAUAUCAGUGCCUUCAAGCCUUUUCCCUCCAAACGACCAGCAGAGGUAUCUUUAGCACUUCCUCAGGUUUCCCCUCAACCGGCUACUCUUCCUUGAAUGGCAUCCGCAUCCUCAGCCUGUUAUGGAUCAUAUGCGGACAUUCUGCGCAAUUCCCUGUGAUAAACAACCUGGAUAACUACAAAGACUGGAAGAAAACAGUCGAACGAAGCCCUCUGUAUGUGCUUUCUCUCAGUGGACCUGUUUUUCUGGCUGUAGACACCUUUCUCCUCUUGGGUGGUCUACUAAGCGCCAGGUCUCUACUAGGUUCCAUCCAAAGGGCUGGCGACAAGUUGACUCCGGGUCUUUUGAUGGUCUUCCUCUUCAAGAGGUUCAAAAGGAUCCAGCCACUGCACAUCUUUGUUAUGUGUCUGACUGUUGGCUUUAUCUCGCUGGUCCGCUCUGGUCCUUACUGGUUUCCAUUUAUAGACAACUUGAUGGAUUGUAAGACAUACUGGUGGGCGAACUUGCUUCUGAUUAGCAAUCUACUCCCAGUUCAUGAGAUAUGUGUGCCUUGGACGUGGUACCUGUCUUUGGACUUCCAGUGUUACGCCACCACUCCCCUACUGGUUUACUUAUACAGAUUAAAUAGAAGUAUCUUUGCAGCCGUGGCAGGAGGCCUCCUGUUGAUGACUACGUUUGCUGCCUCUCUGGUAACAGGACUCCUGCAGCUCCCUGUCUUCCAGCCAUCUACGCUGACAUCAGAGAAUUAUGUUCUUUAUUAUUAUGUGAAGCCUCACACAAGAUAUGGACCAUUUUUAAUAGGAAUAUUAACCGGUAUAUACCUGACAACUAAAAAAGGUCAGCUCCUAAAACAUAAGUGGCAGGCGGUGCUCGGUUGGUUGUGCUGUUUGUCAAUCUUGGCAGUGUUGAUAGGAGUGGCCUACGCUCUUCGUGGAAUCCCAGUGCAACCAUCCGUGACACAUGCGCUUUACCAGGGACUGCACAGACCCAUCUGGGCUCUGAUGGUCACCUGGAUCAUCCUAGCCUGCGAGGAGGGCUAUGGAGGCUUCAUCAAUAGCUUCUUGUCACUCUCUAUGUGGGUGCCACUGACCAGAAUCAGUUUCGCCUGUUAUUUGAUACAUCCUGUUUUCAUUCUGGUCUACAUCGGACUGCAAGAGACGCCCAUCCACUACACAGACAUCAACUUUAUGUACCUGUUCCUCGGCCAUGUGGUGCUCACGCUGGGGACAAGCGUGGUCUUGACGGUGCUGAUCGAGAAGCCUUACGUUCUUCUCAAAUGGAAAUGGGAAGACGAGCCGGUUCAACACUGA